UUGUGGACGCUGUAGCAAAACGGACGCAAGCGCGGCGCUCGAGAGACUUUCCGAGGUUUUCCAAAAUAACAAAACACUACGUGUUUCUGGUCGUGAAAGUAUCUUUUCCAGUUAGGCAGUUCGUUCUGCAGUGGCCCCACCCUUCUACCCUCCGAUUUUUAAGCCUCGAAAAGAGACUUUUUAAGCCAAAUCGAAGAAAAAACACGAGCAACACAGCUGAAAACCUAUUUAAGGACCGUUCCAAAAAUCAAGGAUUUAUAUCAGAGACCUCUUUCGACCAAGUCAGUUAAAUAAAGGUUUUUUCAGAGUGUGUGCCUAUGUGUGAGUGCGUGUGUGUCUUUAGUGUGUGCCUUAAUCCAUUAAAGUAAUUAAGCCAAAAUAAAAACAACAUACACAUAUAAUUCGCGAAAAAAUAAUACUUUUGAAAGAGCCAUAAACAUAUCGCAGUCUGCGAAAUCCGUUCAAAGCUCGCGCCAAUAUUGCUCCAAUUUGAGAAAACGGCUUAGCAACAAUUGCAUUGAACAGUUGAACAACAAAAACUGAAACUGAAAACAAAAACAACAACCCGUAAAUAUAGAAAGCUUAACAAUCAAAUCCAGCAACAACGACAACGAGGGAUUAAAAGCCAGUAACAACUAUAAAUGUGGUGGGUGCAUUAUUGCCAUUAACCAAAUCCCAGAGAGACACAGUGGCCAGAAUGAUCGCAGAGCAGCUGGUGGUCAAAAGUGGCCCAAUGAAUCACUGAGGAGCCCCAGGAAAGGAUCCCCAUUUGAGCACUGAGAACAAAAGAAGCACUAAAGCGCUUGAUUUAAAGGUGGACAGGUGGAUUAACCCGAAAGCGGAAUGGCACACUUUUGCUGGGUCCUCAAACUCUGUUUUUUGCUGCUGAUGUUGUCCGGCUGCCGGACACGCCCCGCACCCGCCCCCUUGCCGGCCAGCAGGCAGAGUGAGCUCAUCGCGGGCAACGAGUUCCUCAAGCUGUUCCUCGACCACGAUGACCAACAACGGAGUCUGCACAGCAGCGAGCAGGACUUCGAGGGUCGGGCGGAGUCACCAUCCUCAUCCCCCAAUCCCCGCCAGCGGAUGGGGACCGGAAGCCUGGAUGUCGGCAGGAAUCGCUAUGGGAACUCCCUGACCUCGGGUAACUCCCAGGACGAGGAGCCAUCAGACUCCAAGCAGGCCAAAUUGGUCACCACGGGCAGUAAAAUAGUGUUCCUCGAGGACGCCCCCGCAAAAGUCAAGGGAAAGUCCAGCGAUGAGGUCAAAGUGGUGGCCGUGAGUGUGAGUUCCUCCAGCAAAAGAGGUCCUUCGAGGAGCAGUUCUCCUUCUGGUGCCACAGGAAGUGGCACGGAUUUCGUGAACCGCUCGCAUAAGAGUGAACUAUCUAUAGAGGAAUCGGAACCCCGAUUGGGGGAUUCCAUGGACAGCGAGGUGGAUUCCCUGAACAGUGCCUCCAGUAUACAAAGUGUACUGGCUGCUCCUUUGCUGGCAGCCGCCUCUACACAUUCCUUUCUUAAAAACCAAAGUGAGGUGACCGAAGACGAGUCUGUAGGAACUGGUUCUGCGGCAGUGCCCUUUCAAACGGUGAUUUAUCAUGACACCAAACAGGGCAGCAGGGGACCCCAGUCCAGGUCGAUAUCCUACAGUUCCAUCUCCCAAAACGUGGAUGAUUUGCAGACCUGGCAGCAGUCGAGAAGUGGCAUUCUGGCGGAGGCCCAGAGAAAUGUGAGUGAGAGCUUGAAGCAUGGACAUGGCUCCUCGGAACCAGCCAAGUUCUACUCGGUACCCUCGAAAAUGUACAGUGUACCCAGUAAGUUUUACUCAGAACCAGCCAAGGUUUACUCGGAGCCCGCCAAAAUGUAUGGUCAGCCGGAGAGUUACUCAGAGCCCUCGAAAGUCUACGGGCAGCCCUCUAAGUUCUACUCGGAGCCGGCUAAAGUGUACUCGCAACCCUCGAAGGUCUACGGCGAACCGGCUAACUACUGGCCACAGACACUGACCACCACUGCAGCAACACCACUGGGCAGCACCACAGCAACCUCAUCCUCACCCUCGACCAGCACCACCGAGAAACCCCCUACAACCACCUCUUUUGUGCCACUCAGAUCCAGACCACGACCUGCGAUUGUCUCGCGCAUCGCUUUUGGCGAGGCCCAGAGCACAAGCAGCACGACAGCAGCAACACCAAGCAGCACGGCAGCAACAUCGGGCAGCACGGCAGCAACACUGGCCAGCAGGGUCACCACAGUGAAGCCUCCUGCUAGUGGAACCUCCACCAGCAUCAGGCCAACCACUUGGCAGCAUCAUUAUCACAGCUACAGCCACCAGCAGCAGCCGGCUCAUCCAACUCGCAGAGUGCUCUUCAAUUUGGAUAAAUUGCCUUAUGAUUUAUUGAAUGCACCGCAGCCGCAGUCGCAGUUGCAUCCAUUGGAACCAAUUUUAUCGAAGCACUCAAGUCCGAGCCACUACCACCAGCAGCAGCAACAUCUGCAGCAGCAACACCAACAGCAACACCAACAGCAACAGCAACAUCAAGCUGCAAGUCCGUGCUGGGAGCAACAACGUCAGCAUUCAUCACCGCCGCAUCAACAUUCUAAUCAAAAUGCCAAAGGAUUGCCCAAUAGAGAUCUAGUCAAAUGUGUUUCCAAAUUUGCACACCAGCAUGGAGCAGCCGGAUCGGCAUCAGUGGUGGACCCAUCGGCGCCAUCGUCUCCGGGGUCAGGCGGUGGCUAUUCGUACAGCUCCAGCUCGUCCUCCUCCUCGUCCUCCUCAUCCUCUGGCUCUGCCUCGGCCUCCUCAGCUGGGAAACAGCACUUCACCACCGAGCGCCCCGAGCUCUAUACUCCGACCUCAGAGCAGAAUUACGAAAUUGAGGAGUCCGUUAGUGUUAUGACGAACGGACGAGCCCAUGGACUGCAGGGUGGUGCAGGUGGUGCAGUGGGGCAGGGGCAGGUCACCACGCCAGCCGGUCCAGUCCAAGCCAACCCAAGCACCACCGCCACCAGCUCAAAUCGUGGCAUCAACAGAGGACGUGGCUCGGUGGUUUACAAUGCAAAUGCCAACGAUUACUCGGAUGGCGAUGAUGGUGAUGGAGACUCUGGGGAUGGGGACUCCGGAUCGGAGGGCCAGGGAGGCCCCCCUGAUACAGCCCCCGAUGACGAAGACAAAGUCGCCUACGUGGUCGAGGGACGCAACUACCGAAAGUACCGGGUGGAGGAGAAGACCGACGACGGCUUCAUCGUCGGCGAGUACGGAGUGGUGGACCACAACGAUGGGAACCUGUGGGGAGUGCGUUACACUGCCGACUCCACCAUCAACCGCAGUCUGAUACAGAAGGCGUUGCUCACGUUUCUCAAGCUCAAGUAGGGGCCAAAUGGUCAGCCUCCACGCGGAAAAACAGCCUCAAUGAAGUGGGGAAAAUCGCCAGAACAGGGAAAAAUCAUUGCAAAAUACAGGGAAGUUGGAAGAGAUUGGGAAACUUCAUGAUACAUUUUAAAGAACAUUUUGAAAGGCUAGGGGAAGGCAGGGAAGAAUUAGAACUAGUAAAAAUAUAUGUAUUUUGAUCAUCUAAAAUACAUAUAACAAAAGAGAACACUUUCAAUUUUUGUUAUAAAAGUAAAAAAGUACCAACUCAAUGUAAUAUAUCGUAUUAUAUAUUUAAAUACUUAAUAACAUCUUUUUAGUCUUAGGUCUAUAAAGUAAAAUGAUCUUGUGAAUUAAACACAAAGACUUAAAAAAGGAGAGCUGUAAAGAAAAUGAAAUACCAUUAGCGUCAAAUAAAAUAUUUCAAAAAUUAAAAGAAAUUCAGUAGGCUAUAUUUAAAUUUUUAGAAAAAUUAAGUUGAUUCGUAAAACAUUUGUAUAAUUAUAGUUUUAUUAUAAAUAAGUAAAUUCUGAAACACACGGCGAUUUUCCCAAGUUCAGAGUGAUGGUUUUUCCGAGUGUCCAAAAACUCCGCACUUCCCCAAUGAAGAGACAGCUGCAAAGGCAUUCACAUGUGAUCCAAGUCGUAUUGUAGUUAGCCUAGAUAACCUAAUCCUAGAUCUAAAUAGGUAAUCCUAAUUAGAUGUACCCUAGUAUGUAGCCACUAGUUGAGUUCCCACGAGAUCAGUGUGUGUGUUUAGUCAGUAAACGAAUUUUGUUUAAUGUUUAGUUAAUGUUUUAAUUAAUUUAUUGUAGUUGUUGGUAUUGUAAUUGUAAUUGUAGCCCGUAACCAUAAAUCCGAGCCUAAUUUAUUCAGCCGACCAGCGCACUCAAAUCCGCAGAACUAGCAACUUGCAACUUGCCAUAAAAUCAGAGCACCUACCAGCAUUAAGAACGAGCGAAACACUAUCCUAAUUAGAGCAUUAAGUGACUUGCGUAGUGAAAUAAACUAAAUUACAUUGAAAGUAAA